UCAAUUAUCAUAUAAAUUCAUUCAUUCAUAUAUUCUUUCAAAGUCCCAUUCGGAGCUCUGAGCUGUGUGUGAAGUGGCUAUUCUUAUUUCUUCUUCUUUUUGGGUUUCUUCUUCAGCCCUCAGAAUCGCUCAUAGUCUCAAUCUUAAGCUUUAAAAAGCUUUAGAUCGUAACAAACCCUUUUACACACAGCAUCACUGAUCCACCAUUUCUCACUUUCCCUUUCACAAGGCAAAAUCUAACAAGAGAACUAGUGUCUGAAGCGGAUCCAUUGUUGGAUUUUGAUCUAGAAAAGGGUCAUAACGAUGUCUUUCAUUGGCACCCAGCAAAAGUGCAAGGCUUGUGAGAAAACUGUGUACCCUGUUGAUCAGUUAUCUGCUGAUGGCACUGCAUACCAUAAAGCUUGUUUUAGAUGCUCUCAUUGCAAGGGAACUUUAAAGCUGAGCAACUAUUCAUCAAUGGAAGGUGUCCUAUACUGUAAGCCUCAUUACGAGCAGCUCUUCAAGGAGACGGGCUCGUUCACCAAGAAUUUCCAGUCAUCUGCUAAGUUAGCUGACAAGGCAACUCCCGAGCUGACAAGGUCCCCUAGUAAAGCUGCUAGCAUGUUUUCUGGGACACAAGAAAAGUGCGCUACAUGUGGCAAAACUGCUUAUCCGUUGGAAAAGGUAACAGUGGAAGGGCAGGCAUAUCACAAAUCAUGUUUCAAGUGUUCUCACGGCGGCUGUCCCAUAACGCCGUCGAAUUACGCAGCCCUCGAGGGCAUUUUGUAUUGCAAGCACCAUUUCUCCCAGCUUUUUAAGGAGAAAGGCAGCUAUAACCAUCUUGUUAAGUCAGCAUCGAUCAAACGGGCAGCGACCUCUGUUCCAGAUUCUUAAGAAUCUUGGUGCCAUCUCUUGCAGUUUCAUUUUUCCCUUCCUUUUUUAAUCUUUUCUCUUCUUUUUUGAUCUGUCAUGAAAGUGUUUGUAUGCGUGGCUUUUUCUUUUCUUUUCUCCUUUUGCUUCUAUGAUGGCUUGGUUGUUUCUUACAUUUCUUUUUAAAACGUGUGGUGUGCCAAUCUUGUGUGGUUUUAUUUAUCCAAUGCACAUUGACGAAUGAGAGUGUGAUUUUGCUA